UCCUCUCUCUGCCUCUUCCUCUCUCUCUCACACACAUAGAGAAACACAGUGAUCAUUUGAAAAAAUGGAAAAAGGGAAGAAGAAAGAAGAGAUGAUGAAUUAUAUGGUUCAAGAUGAUGAGGAAAGGGAAGAAGAGAAAUGGGUUUAUGAUUCUUCUUUAGAUCAUAAAGGGAGACUUCCUUCAAGAAACUCUACUGGUACCUGGAAGGCUGCGUUAUUCAUCAUCGUAAUUGAGUUCAGUGAACGGUUGAGUUACUUUGGAAUCGCGACCAGUCUCAUAAUUUACCUUACCAAAGUUAUCCAUCAAGAUCUCAAAACAGCUGCAAAGAAUUGCAAUUACUGGUCUGGUGUCACCACUUUGAUGCCACUCUUGGGUGGUUUCUUGGCUGAUUCAUAUCUUGGCCGAUUCUACACUGUUCUUCUUUCCUCCAUUGUUUAUCUCUUGGGUUUAACUCUGUUGACAUUAUCAAGGGUAGUACCGAGUUUGAAGCCAUGCAAUGAAAACACUGAUCCUUCUUCUUGCCAAGAUCAUUCUACAAAGAUUCAUGUGAUAGUUUUCUUCAUUUCGAUUUACUUAAUCUCUAUUGGGACAGGAGGACAUAAACCAGCUCUUGAAAGCUUUGGUGCAGACCAAUUUGAUGAUGACCACCCUCUUGAAAGAAGGCAUAAGAUGUCUUUUUUCAACUGGUGGAACUUUGGUCUUUGUUGUGGUCUUUUGUUUGGUGUCACGGUUGUUGUUUAUGUGCAAGAUCAUUUCAGUUGGGCUCUUGCCGACAUCAUUCUUACAUCUACUAUGGCUUUUAGUUUAGUCAUUUUCAUUGUUGGAAGACCGUUUUACCGUUAUAGAAAGACCAAGGGAAGUCCUUUAAUUCCCAUGCUUCAUGUUCUUGUGGCUGCUUAUAAAAAGAGAAAGCUUCCAUACCCAGAAAACCAUAAUCAACUUUAUGAAAUCUCUAAGUUGCCUAAAGAACAGGGGAGACUCCUCUGUUAUACACACAGAUUCAAGUUUCUUGAUAAGGCAGCAAUCAUGGAAGAAGACAAUCAACAACAGCAAAUGAAUCCAUGGAGAUUAACAACAGUUACAAGGGUUGAGGAGUUAAAGCAAAUUCUAAGCAUGAUCCCAAUUUGGCUAGCGACGCUACCUUUCGGUAUUUGCGUGGCGCAAACAGCGACGUUCUUCGUCAAACAAGGCGCGACUCUCGACCGAAAGAUUGGAGGCGGAGGCUUCGUCAUGCCUGCUGCGUCGGUCUACGCGAUCGUGGCGAUUGGAAUGAUUGUUUCGGUUGUAAUCUACGAUAGAAUCCUAGUACCAAUCAUGAGACGAGUUACGGGGAAUGAAAGAGGGAUCAAGAUCCUUAAAAGAAUCGGGGUUGGAAUGAUAUUCUCAAUGGCAUCGAUGGUUGUGGCAGCUUUGGUGGAGUCGAAAAGACUUAAUCUAGUUAAGAAAGAUGGCGCGAAAGGAGCGAGUUCCAUGAGUGUAUGGUGGUUGGCUCCUCAGUUUCUCAUAAUGGGGUUGGGAGAUGGAUUCACUAUAGUAGGGCUUCAAGAGUACUUUUAUGAUCAAGUUCCGGAUUCGAUGAGGAGCUUGGGAAUCGCGUUUUAUCUAAGUGUGAUCGGGGCGGGGAAUUUUCUAAGUAGUAUUCUAAUAACGGUUGUGGAUAAUUUGAGCAAGAAGAGUGGAGGAAAGAGUUGGUUCGGUAAAGAUUUGAAUAAUAGUCGUUUGGAUAAUUUCUUUUGGCUAUUGGCGGGAAUGAGCGCAUUGAAUCUAUGCAUUUACGUUCCGUUGGCGAACCGAUAUAUUUAUAAGAGCGUGCAGGGAAGGUCUGGGACCGUGGCUAUGGCUGUGGCUGAUUGCGACGAAUAGUUAAGACCGAGGUGGUUUUCGGUUAGGUUAUGUAUUGUUGGUGUUUAAUUUCUAGUUGUAGUAUUGUAUAAUCUUUUUCAUAAAAAGAAUUAUUCAAUCUUCUUACUUGUUGAA